CAGAAUGGUCGGUUUCCGUCGUAAGUCAGAAAAUCAACGCUGAAACGGCGCCGUGAAACGUCGAUUUCUCCGCCGUCGGAGAAGGUCAAUUUAUCACUGUUGAAUCACCGUGGGUAAAGGUUGAUCUGUCAACCAUCAGAGAAGGUCGAAUAUACGAUGUUGAACCAUCGUCACUUUUGCCGGCCAGUUUUCAACAUUGGUAGGAUGUCAUUGGAUGUCCCACGCUGUCCCAUAAUGCAGUGCGAUUACCACUGCUGUUUACUGGAUGACGUCAUUUUCGUUAUAUACCUGGGUGCACGUGAAACUCCCACACCACUCGGUUGGAUCGCGACUCUCUUGUGGAUCGGCCUGCUGUUACGCUUGGACCAUUGAAACAACAUUGAGAAAAACACUGGACCACGCUACAUUUUCAUUCAUCCCUGGACAUCUGACCACUACCCCGUCAUUCCCUCAAAAGGUACUGCAGACAUUUAUUUAUUUAGGGGAGAGAACAUGGCUUCUUAUUGGUCAAAAAGAAGACGUGUUGUGACAGCUACUGAAAUGUCAGAAAGGCAGAUUCUGUCCGAUUUUGAGUCAGCUCUGGGUAAUCCUGCUGCUCAAGUCUCUCCUUCAAUUGCAUCACCCAGGCCUGCAUCAUCAAUGGGUUUAGAUGAGGAUGGUGGGGAUUCUGUUGAGUUGGGAGGGUGCAGUGAUGCAGAGUCUGACAGCAGUAGCAUGUCUUCAGAGGGUGACAGUGACAGUCAUAUUGAUGGUGACUCUUUUGAAGAGUCAGGGCUUCACCAAAAAUUAAAACACUGGGCUGCAUCAUUCUCUGUGCCUUUGAUUGCCAUUACUGCUCUGUUGACCAUUUUGAGAACAAGCCACCCUGAACUGCCCAAGGAUGCUAGGACCUUAUUGGGCACUAAGCCUGCAGUACCAUUACAGACCGUAGGUAAUGGGGAAUACUUCCAUUUUGGCUUGGCAAAGGGAAUUUUGUCCAAAUUAAGCACCAUCCAUUUACCAGAUGUUAUUCAAACAAUAAGAGUUCAAUUUAACAUCGAUGGUCUCCCUAUUUUCAAAAGCACCAGGCUUCAGUUUUGGCCUAUUUUGGCACUGAUUGAUUGCGAUUACACCAGAACACCGUUUUUAGUUGGCAUCUUUUGUGGCCCUGGAAAACCCUCCAAUGUGUUUGAUUAUCUGACACAGUUUGUUAAAGACCUCUCUGAUCUGCUUUGCAAUGGGGUAACAUUUGGAGGUAGAAAGCUGAGGGUGGCCAUUUCAUCCUUCAUUUGUGAUGCUCCUGCUCGAGCAUUUGUAAAACAAAUUAAAUGCCAUAAUGGGUACUCCGGAUGCGAUAAAUGCCAUCAGACUGGUAUUUGGCAGAAAAAAAUGACGUAUCCUGAGACUGAUGUUAGGCUAAGGUCAGACGAGGAGUUUGAAAAUAUGGUAGAUGAGGACCACCACAUCAACAGAAGUCCUCUGACGGGUCUGGUGAAAAUGGUGUCUGCCUUCCCAAUAGAUUAUAUGCAUUUAUGUUGCCUUGGCGUUAUGAAAAAGUUGAUACAUUUUUGGAUGAGGGGGAAAAACUCUACAAGGCAGCCUACAAGAGCCAUUAAAGCCAGCUCCGAAAAGUUAAUACAGCUUCGUCCCUAUACUCCAGCUGAAUUUGCACGGAAACCCCGUGAACUUGCCGAAACUGAUAGGUGGAAAGCGGCAGAGCUGCGCCAAUUUAUGAUUUACAGUGGGCCAUUAGUUCUGAGGGACAUUCUUCCACAAGAUUUCUAUGAAAACUUCAUGUUGUUUUCUGUGGCCAUGUUUUUGCUACUCACACCAAACAUUUCUGAAAGUAUAGUUUGUUUUUCCGAAAAAUUGUUAAUGGCUUUUGUAAAGCAUUUUGGAGAGGUGUAUGGUAAAGACGAGAUUGUGUUUAGCGUACAUCAAACAAUACAUCUGACACAUGAGUACCGCCAGUAUGGUUCCCUAGACAACAUCUCAUCCUUUCCUUACGAGAAUUAUUUGGGUAAACUAAAAAAAAUGCUACGCAAGCCAUCUCAACCUUUACAACAGGUUGUCAAAUGCCUUUCAGAGGAGCCAGUUUGUUUAUUUCCACCACCACCUACACAACCACAGUUGUUACACCCACACCAGGAGGGCCCAUUACCCCAACACUUAAGUUCUGGCCAGCAAUUUAAAAAAGUGCAUUUCAAUGAUUUCUGUUUUUCUUCAAAGCAGGGUGAUGAUUGCCUAGUGAUUAAAAAUGAAAUCGUAAAUGGUGAAAAACAUAAUUAAACAUGGUGACUCUGUCUUUGUGGUUUACAUGAAAUUCAAGAGGAGGGAGUCAUAUUUCCACUAUCCUUGCCCCUCCACAAGCAUUGGCUGCUACAGAGUAUUUGGCAUAGACAGCUGCCUUAAUGUUGACCGGCUUGAGGUUGUCCAGGGCAAAUGUGUGUUGUUCCCAGAUGGAGAGACCUUUGUGGCAAUCCCUCUUCGUCACCAUUCGUAAACCUAUAUGGGAAGAAAAAAAACACACAAAAACACACACACACACACACACACACACACACACACACACACA